AUGGGCUUUCUCACCGACCAUCAGCACACUGCUAUCACAGAUACGAUAGAUCGGAUCGUUUCCUCUGAAAACCUCACUUUAGAGGUGGAAUUGGCAUCUUUGAUACAGCAAAUCCGUGCUGGAAAAGACGAUUAUGGGUAUAAUGGUAACCAAACAGAAGCGGCCCGUUGUGUGCGGAAAAAACUCAAAUAUGGCAACAGGAUGCAACAAACCCGCAGUUUGGAGCUCUUGAAUUUGUUUAUCUCACAACGUAUCAAGUUCUCAGAAAUGUACAACGACGCCAAGCUGCUGGACAGACUACAGGUGAUCGCUUUACAAACGGGCACCGACGCCAAUGGACAACGCUACCAUAUUCGUGUGGUGAAAAAAUGCAUUGGAUACAUUUUGGCGUGGUACGCAAUGAUCGAAGAACAGGGCCCCAGUCGGAGCUACGAGGCUCUGUACGACCUGGGCCGCAAAGUCAAAACAAAAUACACAACUCGUCUACGUUCCACACCAUCCAGGAGACGAAAGACCUUCAUGAACGACGAGGCGGACGCUUCGAUGCUUAUGACAGCAGACGAGCGUUACGGGAUCCCGCAGAUAGAUAUGGCGCAAGAGGGUCCACGUAUCCGAUUGCUCAUUAGCGAUUCGCUAGCCUCUGCGAUCUCGUUAAAGAACGGCUUGAACUCGCUGGCUCCGUCGGCUAAAAGCACUGAUAGUGAAGAAGUCACUGCAAAGUUUAUACAAGCCCGCGCUGUCCGUCGCAAAGUGUUGCGAUACUUGCAAUUGGUAGCAGAAGGAGAAUACCUGGGCAGUUUGAUUCACGCCAAUGAGGAACUGGUGUCAGCUUUGGGCCAAUACGACGAGCGCAGUGGAGACGCAUCCGGCGAUGACGACGACGAGGACGAAUUUCUGUUUUCUGACGAAGAUGAAGACGAAGAGUCCGCUUUAUCGUCUUCCUAUUCCAGAGAUGUGGAGCGCGCCGAUUCAAACAACCCUUUUGGCGAUCAAAAUCGCAUCUGA